GCAUAAGAGUGAACUUCCCACCUCUUCUCAACUUCAAGAAUCAGCUAAUGGCACUUGGCGGAAGUGUGAGCUGAGAGCUGAAAGCCAGACACUCCAGAAUCUCACGGUGUUCUACGAGGAGACGCCAUAACGUUGCUGAAAGUCUGUGGAGAAGAAGCGACUCGAGGUUGGUCUUGGCACGUUUCGUUUACGCACGACUGCGCAGAAACUGCGAGCGCGCGCUCUCUCGGGCCUGUACAGCUUCGCCAUUGACUCGAUCCCGACUCUGUGCACGCGAUGCUCGCCAGCCCGGUAACUUCGACGCCCUUCUCGGUGAAGGAUAUCUUAAAACUGGAACAGCAGCAUGUGUUUAACCAGCAGGGCUUUUCGAGCCCUGAGCCGGACGCGGCUCCGCUGCAGUCUUUACCGUUUCAGUGCAUGCAGAGUGCCCUGAGCCGGAGCCUGGAGCUGCUCUACAGCCCGGACAGAGCUGCCUUCAGCCCGGGGGAACACAUCAAAUGCACCCUCGGCGCUGACGACUUCGGCUCCUGCGGAUCUCCGAUAGAAGAGGAAAGGGAUCAUCAAAGCUCGAACUCGGGUACAUGCGAAUUCGAGGAGUCGAGCUGCACCGAUGGGAAACCGGAAGAAGCACCGGGAGACAGGCCAAAGCCGCGCUCUCGCCGGAAACCGCGCGUGCUCUUCUCGCAGACUCAGGUGUUCGAGCUGGAGCGGCGCUUUAAGCAGCAGCGCUACCUGUCCGCGCCGGAGAGAGAGCAGCUCGCCGCCCUGCUCAAGCUCACCUCCACACAGGUCAAGAUCUGGUUUCAGAACCGGAGGUACAAGUGCAAGCGGCAGCGGCAGGACAAGAGCUUGGAGCUGGCCGGCCACCCGCUGCCUCCGCGCAGAGUCGCCGUCCCGGUGCUCGUGCGAGACGGAAAGCCGUGUCUCGUGCGAGACGGAAGCCACGGAGCGCCUUAUAACGUCGCAGUGGGCUCGUAUCCGUACAACAACUACUAUAACAGUUAUGGAAAUAACCCUUACGCGUGUAACUUUACCGGGAUGCCAUCGUUCAGCACCAGCACACAAAUCCCUAAUCACAUAGUGGAUAUGAACCUCAGCAUGGGGAGUGCUGAUGGAGCUCUGGGCCAGCAAGGACCGUUUCACACCACGUUAACCGGAAUCAGAGCGUGGUGAAGAGACUGGGAGGAAAACAACAAAGACUUGAACCUGACACUGGGAUAAGACUGAGCUGGGAGAGUUUCCUCUCCAAAAAUAUGCAUUGUCGGGGAGACCGGGGACACUUGGGACUAUCCAUCCAUACAUCCAUACAUCCAUUAUCUGUAGCCACUUAUCCUGGAGCCUAUCCCAGCUGACUACGGGCGAAAGGCGGGGUACACCCUGGACAAGUCGCCAGGUCAUCGCAGGGCUGACACAUAUACUGUAGACACAACCAUUCACACUCACGGUCAAUUUAGAGCCACCAGUUAGCCUAACCUGCAUGUCUUUGGACUGUAGGGGAAACCGGAGCACCUGGAGGAAACCCACACAGACAAGGAGAGAACAUGCAAACUCCAUACAGAAAGGCCCUCGCCGGCCGCUAGGCUCAAACCCAGGACCUUCUUGCUGUGAGGCGACAGUGCUAACCACUACACCACCGUGCCGCCCCUACUUGGGACUAUUUUUUUUUUAAAUGAAAUUAUUUGCAGCGUGCAUCACAUUCAUAUUGCAUUACAGAGUAUUGACUGUACCCUCUUAGCUUGUCACAUAAACUGGCCUUCAGGCUUCACUUUUUCUGUUAUUUUUUGCACACAGACAUGAGACAUUGAAGGGAGACAUGAUGGGACAUUAUGUUGGGAGACAUGGGACAAGAAUAAAAUCCCUAUAGGCCUACAAGUUUCAUUUUUAUUUAUGAUCAAAACUUGUACUGGAACAUAUCAACACAAUGCUGGUACAGUGACAGAGAAAAUGUCAGUUUACCGAAAACCUGACUCGACAAAACAGUUAAUUCUCAAGAAGGAAUGAAAUAAGUUUAAUCCUCAUGCAGGGAUAUGCUCACAUUUUUAACAAACAAAUUUUAAACAAUGUUAUAUUUGUAAACCACAAGAAAAUAUUUGUAACAUGAUGAACUGUCCUAACUCUCCCAAUCUGACCAUUUUGGGAAAAAAAUGUCUUUCCCCAGAAUUUCAGUUUAAUAAAUAAUUCAGUUAUUCCAUGAAAUCGACUUGUACAUAAGCUGAUAGCUGACGAGGCACAUAGCACCGAGACGGCUAUGAGCCAUUUACAACAAGAUUGAGUGGAAUAACUCUUUUAUUCUGUUCGCAGCUACUGGACUUUGUGAAACAGAGCAUUUUUAUUUUUUGCAAAUUUGAUAAAUAAAAACUUUGUACAAAACAUCCAACAAAAUAAUUUCCGC